AUGCCUCGUUCCCGAUCUACUGGCAAACAGCAAAAGCGUGGAGCAAGCACGUUAUCAAAGCCUACACCGCCGCCAGCACCACCAAAACAAGCCUCUGUCCCGACUACUGUUCCUCCUAAACCAACGGGCGUUGCACAACCGCAACAGCCAGGAUUAUUCGGUCAGAUGGCCUCUACAGCCGCAGGCGUCGCUGUUGGAUCAACUAUUGGUCAUACUCUCGGCUCUGGUAUUGGUUCACUUUUUGGUGGAGGUGGUGGAUCUGAGCCUACAGCAUCAGAACAACCACAACAAAAUGCUCAAACAUACUCGCAACCCGGCUAUCAAGGAUUUCAAGGGAGUAACCCGGCUGUCGGUGGUGCCUCAUGCGAGGUAGAUGCUAAAGCUUUGACAAAAUGCCUGGAGCAGAACGGUCACAAGAUUGAACUUUGUCAUUGGUAUUUGGAAAAUCUGAAAGCAUGCCAAGAAAUGGCGCGACAAUUCUGA